ACAACACCUGUUAUACAAACGGCUUUGUAUUGCUGUCUCCCCGUCUACUGAUUGUAAAGUCAACAUUUCCCACAGGAAGGCGAAUUCAUAUAAGUUAAAUACGUUAUCAUAUUCUUGUGGUUCCACGAGCUACAUAAUAUGUCAAUGAUCUCAGGACGAACACUGAGGACACGAUGGAUAAAGUCCGUCAUAGUAUACUGUUUCAUCAUCUAUAUAUUCCUUACGGUCGACUACACUCUAUUCUCAAGGCAAAAGCAUCACGGGCAACAUCACGGAGCUACGUCUCAAGCCAAGCGGCCUCACCGCCACAAGCCCCUCCGCCGCACUAACGUCCUCGUGCUGAGUUCGAUGGGCCGCAGCGGGUCCAGCUUUCUCGCGGAGAUCCUGGCUUCGCGGGGCCGGAACGUGUACUUGGUCGAGCCCAUUCGAAGCCUCCCGCAGAGCCAGAUGGUAGACGAGCACUCAGUACGCGAGGAACUCAAAAGCUGCUUCCGCUGUGACCUCCGGCAGGAGUUUCUCCACUUCGGAGACAAGCCUUCCUCUUCGGUCCGGCACCCGUACACCGCCAAGAAGGAUUUCGCAGGCGUCGAUUUGGAAAUCAUUAAGGGAUAUUGUAGGCAAGAGCCCACCAGGAUCGUCAAGACUAUUAGGACUCGCCUGGCUUGGGUGGCGGAGCUCCUGCAGGAGGACCCGAGCUUGAAGGUGGUCCAUUUGGUGAGGGAUCCGCGAGGUUCUCUGAAGUCGGCGGCGAAGGUGAAAUGGCAGUUGAACCCGAAGGAGACUUGUUCGAAGAUCAUGGAGGAUCUCCAAACUCGCCAAGAAAUGGAGAAAAUUUAUCCGAACAGGUACCUCUUCGUCAAGUACGAAGAUUUGGCGCAAGAUGCUUACAAAAAGACAGUCGAAAUCUAUAGUUUCUUAAGAGGCAAAUCUGUCCACCUGCCGAAGAGAGUUAAGAAAUACCUUUGGAAACACUCCAUGAACCUCCAUAAGGCAAAGAAAUCAUUCGGAACUUAUCGCGUGUCCGAAAAGAUUUACCAGCAUUGGCGAAGUUCCAUAACCGAAGCCGAACUGAACACUUACGAAGCCGCCUGUGGUGAUGUCAUUCACGCCUUGGGACACAGGAUAUUCGGAAGCGAGAAAAGGGCGCGCGAUUUGUCGUUAUCCUUAGUUAUUUAGCUGCUUUUGUUCUGGUAAAUUAUGUAAGACAGUUGUUAUUAAAAAGAA